AGAGAUCAUUGCAAGUGAAGAGCAGCAAUGGGUGCUUCAGAUGUACUAAUAGCCUGUGUUGGAAAGCCUUCUGCAGGCAAAAGUUCAUUCCUGAAUGCAGCAACGGAUGCCACAGCCAAAGUGGGCAACUUCCCUUUCACCACAAUUAAGCCCAAUACUGCAGUGGCAUAUGUUCCAUUUGACUGUCCGUGCAAGAAAUUUGGAAAGGAGAAAUUGUGCCAGCCGCGUUAUGGACGGUGCAUUGAUGGUAAACGCUAUGUUCCUGUGAAGAUCUUGGAUGUUGCAGGGUUAGUACCCGGUGCUUCGGAGGGAAAGGGUCUCGGCAAUCAGUUUCUUGACGAUCUGCGAACUGCGGAUGCCUUGAUUCAUGUUGUAGAUGUCUCGGGUACGACAGAUCAAGACGGAAAAGAAACCGUCGGAUACGAUCCUAUCAAUGACAUCGAUUGGUUGAGGUCUGAGAUUUACAGUUGGAUAUUCAAUAACUUGAAGAAGCGAUGGGGGAAUAUUGUUCGACGACAUGUCGCACUAAAGGCGCCGAUCGGAGAAACGCUCCAAACACAGUUCAGCGGAUACGGAUCUAAUCUGUCAAUGGCAAAUAGAGCACUAGAUCGAUCUGGAAUCAAAGAGGCAUUAGAAAAUUGGGACGAUGAGACAUUGGGCCGACUUGUCGAUGCUUUCUUGGACGAGCGUUUCCCGACUGUAGUGGCACUGAACAAAAUUGAUCUACCCGACUCAGAUAAGAACAUUGACCGCAUAUGCAGAAAAUACGGAGAGCAACGAAUUGUUUUAACGAGCGCGCUAGCGGAGACAUUUCUGCGCAAACUUCACAAGCAGAAGUAUAUUCAUUAUUACGAAGGCACCGACCGGUUCGAUUUAGCCGAAGAUCAGGAAUCUCCCUCAGAAGCAGAGCGACUGAAACCUCUUGAUGAGAAAACUAGAAGUCGAUUAGAAAAAGUUCAAGAUCUCGUCUUGUUCAGAUACGGGACCACUGGGGUUCAAGAUGUCCUGACACGGGCCAUCGAGUUGCUAGGCUUGAUACCAAUGUAUCCAGUGCGGAACAUCAACAAUUUUACAAGUGGCAGUGGGGGCCGAACAGGAGGUGUGUUCCGAGAUUGCCUGCUAGUGCAGCCUGGUACGACAAUACGAGAAUUUGCCAAGAUGGUGCAUCCAGAGAUAGACAAGUACUAUCAAUAUGCCGAGACUGUUGGGAGUCGGCGGUUAGGUGAAGACGAUCUUGUAUCGCCUGAAAUCAACGUCAUAUCAUUCAAAACUUCACAGGAAAUCAAACCUCCGCAACCGAGCUCAACUGGUGCUGGGUCCGGUGGUGGACCUAAAACAGGUACCAAGAAGGAUAAAGAUAACAAAGAAUAGACACAUAAGCAACAGGGAACCAUAUCGUUUUGCACUAGGGCGUUUUUUUUAAUUGAGUAGGGGU